AACAGAAAUGCCCUCCCCCAAGGUAAACUCCCAUAUUACUACAGACAAGAGGGCAUUUGUUUCAUUGGCCGUUCUUGCAUUUUCCUAAUGUUUCUUUUGUGGUCCAUGAUUGCAGAACAUUUAGGCAACAUGGCCUUGAAUGACAGCAGUCCAAUAAACUCAGUCAAUAUAAAUUUAUUAUAUUCUGAUGCUUGUUUUCUAUAGUAUACCUUACUGGUUUUUUUAUUUUCAAAUAGCUGUUUCAAAAUUAAUACAAAUAUAAAGUACAAAUAUGUAUAUAAGUGUAAAAAUAGAAAAAAGGAAAUUGUUAUAUUACCUUGCCAUUAAAGGAGACUAACCAGGAAGAAAAAAUAACAAUCCUAGUGAUAAUUACGGUAAACAUUAGGCUAAUAACAACUCAUCAAUAAGAUCUAUUGAUAGAGCUAGUGUUUCAUUCAGUCCUCUUGUUUGACUGCAUCUUUCUGGAUCUUCAGGAUUCGACAUGUUAAGUAUUAUUCCACUGUAUUACGAUUUCCCGCCUUCCUAAUUUUAUUUUCUCGGUGGAAGCAAAUUUCCAUUAAUUCCCCUCACCGCACCAGAACCCUAAUGAGCUCUACAUAUAUCAGUAUUUAAAGAGGAGGAAAAUCUGGCAAGUUGCCCAGACAAGCAGGUCAACGACGCAUUAAAGACUGCGCGUUUUCACUGCACUUCACGAUGAUCCUUGCACGCUGCCCCCAAUAAUCACAGCUGAGCACAGGGACCCCCGGACCAGGACGCUGUUAGCAGAGACCCACCGAUUUCAGAGGGAAAUGGAAACAGGGAAUAUGGGUGGCCUCCACAUUGAAGAGAAGACCAACUCUGAGACCGAUAACAUCCAGGGCCAUCUUCGCGGAUCCUAUGAAUCUACCGCGCGGGUAAACGGGGCGCCCCCGAGCCUCCGAGGAAAGCCAAGGGGCUGGCAGGCUCGCCCCAUGCACACGUGGUCCAGCGGCCGCCUCCAGCGCCUCGAGAGAGUCACGUGCGGCCGGCGCCUGCUCCUCGAAGCCCCGUGUUUUGCCUGGCUGCUGAGGAUGGUGGGGCAGGCGGCAGCAGCUUUGGGCCGCGGGCUAGAGCGCAGAAACAUCGGCUGCUGGGGUCGGAGCCGAGGCGCUGUUCUGCUUCUCUUCUUUUCCUUGUCGCCAAGGCCCCCUGGCGGAGCGGCGUGGCUACUGGGGCUGCGGCCAGAGGAUACGGCGCCCGGGCGCGUGUGGCUCGAGGGGGGAGCGCUGCGGGCGGCUGAGGGUUCCCGCUUCUUGUUGCGCCUCUACUUCCAGCCGCCGGCCGAAGGCACCGCCGCUAGUAACGGCAGCAGCGCGAGCGAGGAGGUUGAGCGCCGCGUCGUCUUCGUGGAGGAGCCCGCCACAGUGGAGCGCUGUUCCGAACGCAGCGCCUGGGCCUCGGACGUGGAGGUGCUGGGCCCGCUUUUGCCCGGAGGCUCGGCCGGCUCGGCUUUAGCCGAGGUGAGAGUGCGGGAGCCGCGAAAGGGUGAGCCCGGCGCCGGGCCUGGAGGGCGUCGGUUCGGGCUCUGCGCUUGGGAUGGACGAGCCUGGCAACUGCACGGCGCGCCGGGGGGCUUCGUGCUGCAAGUGGAAACGCCGGCAGCGGGCUCGGCCGCGUGGCUGAUUCCGUUGCCCACCGCCGGCUGGUUGCGGGGUGUGGGCGCACUAGUCCUGCUAGCUCUGUCGGCGCUGUUCAGCGGCCUCCGCUUGGCCGUGCUGUCACUCGAUCCGAUGGAGCUGCGGGUACUGCGGAACAGUGGCUCGGCUGCAGAGAGGGACCAGGCGCGCAAGGUGGAGGCUGCGCGCGGCCGAGGCGGAAGCGGCACUUACCUACUGUGCACUCUGUUGCUCGGACAGGCAGGUGCUAACGCCACGUUGGCGGGCUGGUUAUGCGCUGCUCUACAAGCCAGUCACAUUUCCCUGCCCGAAGACAACCAAGGUGUGCCGUGGUUGCCUGUGCUGCUCUGCACCAGUGUCGUCUUUUUGGGUGGUGAGGUGUUGCCCUACUCCAUUUGUUCCCGCCACGGGUUAGCCAUUGCUGCACACACACUCUUUCUCACCCGCCUGCUUAUGGCCCCCACCUUCCCCAUAUGCUAUCCACUCAGCCGUUUGCUAGAUUGGGCUUUGCAUCAAGAGCUCAGCACCUUCUCCACAAGGGAGCACCUGCUGGAGACCCUGCGGGCUGCUGACCCUCAUGGUGAUCUUGUGAGUGAGGAACUAGCCAUGGUUCAAGGUGCACUGGAGUUACGCACCAAGGUAGUUGAGGACAUCUUGACACCUCUGAAUGAUUGUUUUAUGUUGCACUCUGAUGCCAUACUUGACUUUACUACCAUUUCUGAGAUUCUUCGCUCAGGCUAUACCCGCAUCCCUGUAUAUGAAGGUGAGCGACGAGACAACAUUGUCGACUUGCUGUUUGUCAAGGACUUGGCUUUCGUGGAUCCUGAUGACUGCACACCACUGCAGACAGUUACUCGCUUCUAUCACCGCCCGCUGCACUGUGUCUUCCAUGAUACCCGCCUAGAUACGCUGCUCGAGGAGUUCAAGAAGGGUAAAUCACACCUUGCAAUUGUACAGAGAGUUAAUGAUGAAGGGGAAGGAGACCCUUUCUAUGAGGUGAUGGGAAUUGUCACUCUGGAGGAUGUGAUUGAAGAGAUAAUCAAAUCGGAGAUUCUGGAUGAGACGGAUCUUUAUAUAGACAAUCAGAAAAAGGAAAGGAUCCCCCGGGGUAGGAAACCUCAUGAUUUCUCCAUCUUUAGACUUUCGGAUAGUGAGAUGAGAGUAAAGAUCUCACCACAGCUGCUAUUGGCCACUCAUCGCUUCAUGGCUACAGAGGUAGAACCUUUCAAGAUGCCACAUCUCUCAGAGAAGAUCCUGCUGCGGCUUCUCAAACAUCCCAAUGUCAUCCAGGAGAUGAAAUAUGACCACAAAAACAAGCGAGCACCUGAACACUAUCUUUAUCAGCGUAACCGCCCAGUUGACUAUUUUGUGCUCAUCUUACAGGGAAAAGUGGAGGUAGAAGUGGGAAAAGAAGGAUUGCGAUUUGAAAAUGGUGCUUUCACAUACUAUGGUGUCCCAGCAAUCAUGACUGUCUUCUAUUCAGAUAAUGAUGGGCGUAAAAUGAGCAGCCUGGCUGGAUCAUCUUUCCUGUUGCCCGUGUCUGUGUCCCGUACCUUUGCCUUCAGCCGAGGGGACUCUUUGGCUGGCUCCCCAGUGAAUCAAUCUCCAUCACGUUGCAGUGGAUUAAACCGCUCUGAGUCUCCAAUUCGAGAACGUAAUGAGUAUGGAGGCAGCAGUACCCAACUACAUAGUGGCUGCAACAACAACAUAUACACUCCAGAUUAUUCUGUUCAUAUUCUGUGUGAUGUACAGUUUGUUAAGAUUACUCGGCAACAGUAUCAGAAUGCACUGGCUGCCAGCCGCAUGGAUAGCUCUCCCCAGACCCCUGACAUGGAUGUUUUCAAUGAUGGUGAUUCCACAAAGGCUCCCACAAUCAGAGGUACCCCACAGACACCCAAGGAUGACCAUGCUAUUCUCUUGAAUGAGAGAAGUAGCAUUGUGGCCAGCAAGUCAGAUGGGAAUAUGAAGAGUCCUAUAGACUCUAUGUUCCUGCACAUGGAGGGGAUCCCCCACGACCAAGAGAAGUUGACAGGCAACCCAGAAAUCAGCAUGCAGAAAAAUGAGGCCUAUAUUGUCAGGCUGGAAUCUGAGUCCUCAAACAGGGAAAUGGAGCUCAACACAUCUCCAAGUGCUCCUCAGGAUCCCCUAGGAAAGAAGUUACUUUGGACACUUAGUGAGAGGAGAAAACCUUCUGCAGACAGUGAGAGAAGUUCAGAUGAUAAUACUAACUUCACAUCAUUAAUCACAUGAGUGGCAACAUGGCUCUGCCUUUCUCACAGGUUGGUAUUAUGCAUUGCCCUAUUCUUUGCUACCAUCACUUCCUAAGUCACUCACUCUGAAUGAGUUAGAACAGACAUGUCAAACUCGUGACGUCACAUGACAUAUUGGAGCUUUUUCUCCAUUGCCGGCAAUGGGGUGGGUGCGGUUUUGGGAUGACGCAUCCGGCCCACGGGCCAGCAGUUUGACUCCCUGAUUUAGAACAAUGUGGCUAAUUAUAAUGAAACAAACCAAAAAGGAGAGAACUAUACUUAUAUAUAUAUAUUUUUAUUUUCAAAUAGCACAUAAAGAUUCUGUUUUCAGCCAGGUCUAUAAUAGGUUCUCAGGCUGUAUUUAUAUGACAAAAUUAUCCACUCACUAAAUACUUGUUAGUCCAAUGUAUUGUGAACCCAGAAACCUCUCUGUUAAAUAUCAGGAGAGAGACCUGUUUAAAUUGAAAUUACCUUUGAAUUUUUUCAUAGCUCUUCCCAUAACUAUUUUGUGCGGACUUAGAAUACUAUCACUUCUGACUAAUGGCCCUUCAUGGCUCAAUUAGUCCACCAAGGAAAGAAGGAAGCAAAAAUAAAAAAUAUGAGGGCAUAACCUCAAACUGAGUUAAAAAAUAACAUUAGGGUGGCGCAGCAGUUAGAGUGCAGUACUUCAGGCCACUUUAGCUGACUGUG